AUGUUUCUCUUCAAUCCGACAUCGAUCCUUGUCGGUUUCCUACUGCUCUAUCUCUCAUCCUUCUUCGUAUUCGCAAUAGUCCGUAUCGCGACCGGAAUCUCAAUCCAGCGCAUUGGUUACUUUUCUCUCCGCCGAAUCGCAUAUGCUCCAAGAGAAGGAUUGCAGAUUGAAAUUCGGGGCCUAGGCUUCUCUAUACACCCACCGUCCUUCGCGCAGCCAACAUGGAUCAGUAUUCGGUUGACAGAACUGAAAGUGACACUGGACCCAGGAACUUUGGCAAAAGGAAAGGCUGGUCAACCGCGCGAUAUACUCGGAUCACCAAAUAUAGGAACCGCGCCUGACGAAACCCAGACCCCCGAUUUAUCCUCUCCGCGGAGUAAGACAUGGAAGACAUUAACGCGGCUGAAGGAGCGGCUGAAGCGCCUACACCGUCAGAUUCACUGGCUUGCCCUAGUAGAUGUCACUGCCGUUAACACUACUAUUCAUUUCCUGGAUGCCGGCCAGAUACAGGUUGGGUCGCUUACCCUAUCUGUGGACACUCGCAGCAAGAUGGUGGAACGGGGCAAGCUCUUCCGUCGCAAGAAGGACAUCUCGCAGGAGAAGCGCCCAGCGGAGUGGAUUAUGAAUGUACAGAAUGUUCUGCUGGCUGUCGAAGGUAGGGAUCCAACAGAAGUAUUGGAUAACGUUGGGGUGAAUCUGCAUGGAUUGCUCUACAAAGACCUCGAAGGACUUCGCGAUGCCUCUGUGGCGCUUAAGUUUGGCCGAAUGCACAUUCCUUACGACGACCUUCGUCUACUACUUCAACGUAUAAAGUUGGCUCAGAAACCAUUGAAACAAGAGAUACGCGCUGACGCAGAGGACGAUAUGUCAUUUGCGGACUUUGUGGAAGAAUUAGACAAGCCGGGCAGUCGGGACGAUUCAAUAGUUCAGACAGUGGCUGAUUCCAGGGAGUUUGCCAGCUCUAUUCUCCGUGGUAUCCAAGAAAUCCAGGUCGCCUUGAGCUUCUUCCGUCUCUCUCGCAAUCUUGGAUCGGAGUCUGCUGACCAGAAACCACUCUUCUUGAACGUGGUAUCUCAUGAACUCGGCAUUGAUCUUCACAGGAUGGAUUCAAAAGGUCCGGAACAUCGCAUGUAUUUCCAGCGCAACGAUGUCGCCCACCAAGCAUUACUUGCUGCAAUUUCUCUCUCAGUCAGCUUGGAUGACAAUUCAGGUGAAACCGACAACAUUCUGUACAUUCCCAUGGCCACAACGACCAUCAAAACCACACUCCCGGCAAAAACGAUGUGCGCAUAUGAUGAUGGAAAUCUAGAAGAGCGCAAUCGCAAUAUUCUAUUUGCCAACCUCGUUAUCACGUCACCUUCUCUUGACAUGCGACCUCAACACGUCUCUCGGCUUUUGAAACUAGCACAAGCACGAGCAUCUUCACCCAGAGUAAAGAAGCGGAGCAACCAUCAGUUGUUUUCUCGCUUACUUCCAAAGGCGAGCAUCAAACUUUCAGUCCAUGAACCCGUAGUACGAUUUGUAUUGCCCAUUGAAACUGAGUCUGGCGUUUCGGAUGACUAUAACCUCUUGAUUUCCUCUAUAUCAUCCAUCUCAAUUGAUAUUGAGUCCUCUCAUUCCGCAGAGGGUGGUGCACACUAUUCUCUUUCAUCCGUCUACCGUGUUGCAUCUCACAGGUUCUAUUACCAGACUCCUGCUGGCAACAAGCAUAACUUGAUCACAACAGAAAGUUUGGAACUAAAGGCUCACUUAAAUGCCUCCCCGGAGGUGUGUGUUGUUGCGUCUGGAAAUUUGAACGAGUGUUCUGUGCACAUGAUCAAUGACGAAGUCAAUCGCGGAAUCCGUGAAGUUCUUGGACAAUUCAGAACCCACUUCCAGGCACAGAAGAAGGCUCCAAUGCCCUUCAACCAACGCAAGCCAAGUGCGUUGCGGAAAAUACCGCCAUGGCUUCUGCAAUUCCAAUUUGAAGCCACAGGGUUCAGCCUGGAAGUCGCUGGCGUUGACUCGACAGUGUCCGAAAUAUCUCGAGGCGUGUCUCUGCAGUUGCAGUCUUGGAACGCAGAGUACAAAGCGCAGAAAACUGAAAACGCCGUGGGCAGUAUUUCCAGGCGGCGUACCUCCAGCCACUCUACCAUUGGAGAUGAAUCACCCUUCAAAUUUACGCCAACCUCUCCUCCAAAGCAUGGCCACCGCGGUGGCCUACGUGGUGCUACGGAUGGUAGACGAAUGACGCUUCAUGUGCGUGGGCUUGAUGCGUUCGUCAUUGAAUCAGAUGAUUAUCUUGAACCUGAACCUUUCUUCUCCCUCCCUCGAUUUGAGGUUGCCCUGAGCACACAUAGUGAUCGACUUGGACAAGUACUGCAUGUCAACUCCGUGUUCAAAGGGAUUUACCUCCAGUAUUCUCUGUACCGGUUCUAUUGUCUCGGUGUUGCGACAUCCGUGAUCGAGGACAUUCUCAAGCCUCUUCCACAGAAAUAUUCAGAUUCUGCCCAUACUAAUUCAAAACCAAGAGCGCCCGCAAGUAUAUCAUUACCUCCGCCUCCAGUGAAUCCUUCACCCGUAAAGAGCGAGCUCAUCACCGUGGAUGUGAAGGCUACUAUCAUUCAGGUCAAGGCAACCUUGCCAGCCGACCCUUCACUCUUGCUGCAGAUUUAUGGCCUAGCUGCUGGCUCCCAAAGACUCUCUACUCCUUACGUCAAGGCCAAUCUUAUUCGCCUACAUGCAGAAGCACCUAAGAUGAAGGGUGUUUGGUCCAGAAUCGCGAGCAUGACAAACGUCAGACUUGAUUUCCGCAAGAUGAAAAUGAAGCAGGCCGGAAAACUGAGCGAGGAAAGGUCCAUUGACCUAUGGACGGACUUUAUCAGAAUAGGUGUUCCCCAUCACAUGGUGAUGCACAGUAUCUUCGACAACCUCAUCAAUACCUCAAAGGCCUUCAAACAGCUGCAUCAUCGUUUCAAGCACAGAUGCAGGGAUUUUGUAUCUGUUAGGGAGCCAGAGGAACCAAAGAAUGUGCCAAGAAUUUCAUUCCGCAGCAAGGCUUUUCUGUUUGAACUCGAGGAUGAUGCAUUCGAGUGGAAGCUAGGCUGCAUCUACCGGACUGGUCUAGUAGAGCAGACUCAACGUCUGGCCCGAGAAGAGGCGUUCAUGUUGAAAGCUGCAAAGGUCCGAGAAACUGCAGAUCAUCAACGGCGCGCUACAUCAAGACUCCGUGCCAAAUCAAGCCACCACACGCUGCGCAGUGAGCGUAACAGCCUAGAAGCCAAGCGGAGCAAGAGUGCAGAAGGUCGUCGACCUAAAGAGGAUGAAUCUCGUGGCCGGUCUCGAAAAUACCGCUAUGAUGCUGAAGGUGCAGCCUGCUUGUCCUCGCAGCAAAGUAUCUCUAGUGAGGUCGCAUGGAGUCGAUUACAGCAACACAAUGCUCAAGUUUGGAAAGAGAAGAUUGACGCAGCCCUCAGAUUCCAAGGCAAUUCUAUCAAAGAAGUCCGGGACUUGUUCUCUGGUGCUGACGAGAUACCACGCGAUGUCAAGGAGACUGAAAACAUCCUUGCUCUUCCGAACAGACCGGGUCUGAUGUCAGCAAUUAUCAGCGAUGUGAACCUUGUUAUCGACAAGCCUUCGUUCCCGAUAGAGGAGUUCCCUACAUUCUUGAAUACAAUCGGCAAGGGAAUGCCCAUGUCUAUGCAGUAUGGUCUGCUUGUUCCGAUGAGCUUCAAUCUAGAAAUGGGAGAAGCGCGAGUCAACUUACGAGAUUACCCUCUGGACCUGCUACACAUUCCUGCUCUUCGUCCCGGGCAGUCACCAAGACUUCCCAGCUGGUCAUUACGGACCAAUUUUGUCAUUGCCGAAGAAUGGCGAGACCACGAGUCUGCAAGACAAGUCGAAGUGGAGCUCGUUCCUUCGAGUGAACUGCCCGACGGGUCUCGCAGUGAUCCAUUCCGUGUCAAGGUUUGGCGGUCCGUAACGCCUGUCAAGACUUAUUCCGACCCUACCAUUGAGAUCAAUACCAGCUUGCCUACGAGCAUUUCAUGGGGAGUCUCAUACCAACCUGUCAUCCAAGAUAUGAUGAAGAUAUUCGAAGGGUUUACGAAACAAGAAAUUGACCCCUCUGAACGGGUUGGUUUCUGGGAUAAGAUCCGACUCAGCUUUCACUCUCGUAUUCAGGUCCUCUGGAAAGAAGAUGGUGAUGUCCACCUCCGGCUCAAGGGCUCCCGCGAUCCAUAUGUGGUGAGCGGGUUCGGAAGUGGCUUUGUCAUGUGUUGGCGGAGAGACGUCAAAUGGGGAAUGAACAUCAGUGAUGAUCCAAUGGAAUUUAUGAGUGUCACUAGCAGUGAAUACGUGCUGGCGAUUCCUGAUUACAGCGCGGAAGCUCGCUAUGCUAGUGAGUUGGGUGCAGAAGAUACUGAAAGCAGCUCAUUAUCGAGUGAGCAGAAGAACGCAGCCCAAUUCAAAAAGGUCAUUAUGAAGCUUUCUGGCGACGUGAAGUGGGCUGCUGGACUCGUUUUCGAACGUGAUGUUGAUUCAGGUUCACGAUCUUUCAAAUUCAAACCUCAUUACGAGGUCGUGCUUAAGAACCCGAAAUUCGUCGAUCCCGCGAAGCGCGCAGACUACGACGCGUAUCGUGGCUUCCGAAGUCAUCAUAUUCACCUGUCUGUUUCAAUUAUUGCUCCUCAUAGCAGAAACUGGUCUCUUGACGAUGUUCAAUCAUCUUCAAGCUACAAUACCGUUCACCUGAGUCCACGCUUCUUCACCCAUUUCUUCAACUGGUGGUCACUAUUCUCUGGUGUCAUGUCUCUUCCUGUGCGCCAAGGUCCCCUGUGGCCAGGAAUAACCAAAACAAGUAAAAAGUUUAAUCGGCACCUUGCUACUGUUAAAUACAAACUCUUACUUGCGCCCUUGUUCGUGGCACACGUUUAUAAGCACAAGGACCGCGAGGAAUACUCUGAAGAUGUUGUCACUGCCACUGGCCUCAAGGUUCGUCUUGACUGUAUGAAGCUCGAUCUUCAUCAACGACGUGAAAAGACCAUGACUCAGGUCCGUGCCCACUCGAAGCAAAAGCAGACAAGUGCAAUGCGCAUCAAUCAAGCUCUCAUCGAUCUUCAAUCCGCCGACUUCCGUGCCGUCUCUGCCAGUAUCGAAGGCACCACGCCCAAAGAUGUUGAACAGAAUAAAGAUGAUAUCAUAUCCUCUUUCCAGCAGCCUGUGGCUUCUGUGGAUCUAUCUAGGUUCACAAUCCCUGACCAUAACCUGGAUUGGAUUGAUAUGGACGAUUUCGUCGAACCUGACUGGAUUCUUCCGCAGGAGUCUAAUCCCAAGACACGAAUUCUCCCCCUCGCGUUCACUCCUAGGUUCACUUACUUCAGACAGACGGAUCAUGGUGACCUAGGUCCCGAUGAGACUGGCUUCAGUACUUUUGGUUACGAGCCGACUCACGAGUGCGCCAUGUCCGAAUCCAACGACCCUCGCCGUGUCCAGAUCGAGCUGAUCAAGGAUCGUUUGAAGACAGUAGAAGAACAGAUACACACCUAUGAUCGUACCAUUGGCGAGCUGGAACUGCAGCUUAUGAAGGAUGUGGACAGCAAUGCUGACCUUAAAGAUCAGUAUGAGAACUACCUUCUUCAGGCAGCAAAUCUUACGAAGCGGCGAAAGUUCUUGACAACGACUCUGAGCCGACUCGAAAAGCUGCUCGCACGCGAUGAGCGAACACCUCAUCCCAGCAGACUGUCAGCCAAUGUGGCUCCCAGUAUGGCCUCUUCAAGGGUUGAGCGGGAUACAGACUCUACAGCGGACGCUCGAUCUGGCAUUGAUGGGAUUUACACAUCCGCCAAGGAUGAGUUCUCCAGCGACUUCAACAAUCGUUUCAUGAUACAUAAUGUGCAAUUAAAGUGGAACAACUCGCUCCGAAACAUCAUUCUGCGGUAUGGACACCAGGUGAGCCAGCGACGAGGCUUCAUCUAUUAUAUGUCCAGACGAGCGGUCAAGUUUAUUAUUGAUAUUGUGGAUGAGCAAGAAAAGGAAAAGCGCAAGCAGCCCAAAAUGUCAAAGACGCAGACUCACGAAAGUACUCGCAGCGACAAUGACGACGAGGAUGUUGAGGAUCGCAUUGAACAGCUGUUGAACGAUGCUAAAAGAUUUGUCAACGUGGAGGACACCCGAGAGCCGACUGACGUAAAAACCCAGUCAGAUUCGCCAGACACUUCUAGUGAGAACAUUGCGGCUGAGUUCACACCGCAGAACAGCUACUACCUUCGACUCAUUGCUCCUCAGAUCCAGCUUAUGAGUGAGAAAAACCGCAAGUCUGUCUUGCUGGUGGCUGCAAAGGGCAUGGAACUGAAGGUUUUAUCCAUUAUGGACCAAGACCGUAUAGGGGACGAUGUCAGCGGCCUGGUCUUGCGUCGUUUCUCUCUUGAGAUGGAUGGCGCCCAGUUCUUCGUCGCAACGCAGAAGGGUCUCAUGACGAACCUGCAGUUCUACGCCGGCAACAAAUACGGCAAUGCGCCAGGAUCUGCUUGGCCACCUUGGCUGACUCUGGAGGCGAUGUUCGACUUUGAGCUCAAUCCAUUCGGUUUCUCUCGGAUCGUGCAAAGGACAUCUGCCAGCCUUCGUUAUGACAAGUACAAUAAUCUCCGUCUGAAGUACAAUGAAGAAGUGCACAAACAGGACAAUGACGCGGAUGUUGAUGAGGAUGAGACGCCGAUGGAUCAGAUCAGUGUUGACUUUCCUCAUUUCCGUGCGAUUUGCGACUCGGCAGAGUACUAUUCCAUGUACAUCAUUGUUCUGGAUCUUAUGAUGUAUAGCGAGCCUCUCGAGAAGGUUCGGAAUGAGCGCCUAGAAAAGAUCAUGCUCAUGUCCGACUUCAGCGACCUUCGAGGUGCACCAGAGAUGGUCUUCAAGCUUCAAGCACGUAUUCGCCAGCUCGAGGAGAUCAAAGAUUGUUUCCAGAUCAAUGCCAAGUAUUUGGACAAGCAGGGCUGGGAAGAUCGAAUGACUGUCGAGCGGGAUCUGUCUCAGUGCGAGGAUGAACUGUUCUUCAUAAUGAAAGCCAUCAUCACCUCUCAGCGACGAGUUGAGCCAAGUUCAUCAGUCAAUGGCGUGUUGCGCUGGAGUAUACGUGCAAGCGAAGUGGUCUGGCACUUGAUGAAGGAGGCUUCUGCACCCUUGGUUGAGUUCCAGCUUCAAAACGCACAAUUUGAGCGGACCGACAAUUCAGAUGGCUCGAACCACAACUUGGUCUCUGUCGGGCGCUUGAAUGGUCUCAAUCUUUUGCCAGAUGCUAUCUAUCCACAGAUCAUCGCACCUUACUUCGAUCAACCUCGACCGCUGGAUGAGAGCAUGGUCAGUGUUAAAUGGCACAUGUUGGAAGCUGUUGCUGGAAUUCCUGUGGUUGAUAACUUCGAAGUUUCACUGUUUCCCCUCAAGAUACAGAUUGAACAUGAACUUGGCGAGAAGCUCUUCGAGUAUGUCUUCCCUAAUAUGGGCUCCAGUGACGGCGGUGGUGGCGGCUUUUCGCCUUUCAUGAUAAAGAAUAUGAAAUCCCUCGAUGGGUCUGACAUGGAGGACGAGGAUGAUGGAUCCAUUUCACCAACCAUGUCUCAUUCAGUGACUAUUGACAAUGCUGAUAUGUCCAUGGAUGAUUUGCACACCUUGUCCAAGGGACCUGGCUCCAUUGAAUUGAGACUACAGCCAACCUUGUCUCUCUCCGAGGAGGGCAAGUCUAGUCGACACCCUACUCAUUCCAAGCACCUAUUCACCAUGACGCCUCCAAGCAGAAGUAACUCCCGACUGGGAGUGCCAGUUGAUCCCUCGCGACCACUACCUCGACCCGCAACAACCGGUGGUCUCAUCAAGAAGAAGUCUGUCGAUAGUCUCCGCCUCUUGCCAAGACAACCAACUGAGAAAUCUCUCGCCAGCCCCGGCAUCACUGAGGAGAAGAAGAAAUUCCUGAGUAAGCGCCACAAGCCGAAGGAACGCACCGACGACGUCUCACAAAUGAUGUCUCGAGCCUCUAACUACAUGACCCUAGCCCAUGUCAAAGUGCACGACGUGGUGUUGUGCAUGAGCUACAAGGGCAAGGGCGAACACAACAUUCAAGAUCUUCACGACUUUGUCUUCCGCCUACCAGUCCUGGAAUACAGGAACAAGACAUGGUCGAACCUCGAUCUCGCCCUUCGUCUCAAGAAGGAUGUAAUCAAGGCACUUAUCUCCCAUGCACCUGCUAUUCUUGGAAACAAGUUCGCGCACCACCGCCCAUCAAAACAACAACAGAAACGUUUCCGCGAGCUAGCCUCUUCGUCUCAGCUACUUCCCAGCUCCGCCAACCCCUCUGAGCGGAGUGCAUGGACUGCACGGAGCGAAACACCUAGUAUAGUGAGCUUUGACUCGACAAGCGAGUUUUCGGAAUCGAAAUCUCAGAGGUCUAUGCAAUCUACCUCAUCGCCACUUGCUCGGUCUCUCUCUCUAACCUCGGAUCCGGGUGACGACCGUCACACGUUCGAUACUCGCUCUGUCAUUGAGGCGGAUUCGGAUUCCCGUUGGGAAGAGUCCCGUCGCUUUGUGAACAAUCCUAGUAGACCUGUGACUUCAGCUGGUCUCACGAGCACUACUUUAUCCCAAAUCAAUGGCAACGGCAAUUAUUACCAAGAUGACAGCAACAAACUGACCAUCCGAAAUAUCGGUCGGAAGUUAACCUCCUUUCGCAAAUGA